CACAUCCUUCAUUCUCCUUCCUCAGCACUCUUCAUUCCAUCCUAAACUUGCCUCCCAAACCGUACAACUUGUUGAGUCUUGAAUCCGAAUCCGAAUCCAACUCUGAACCACAAAACCGAACCCAUUAUAUUUCUGUGAUCACCAGCUUGGAAUGAACUAGCCCUUUGGUCGAAAUGGACAGCGCUUAUAAUGGGGAAUACAAGGCUCUACUCAAUGAGUUAAUCCAAGGGAUGGAAUGUGCAAAGCAGCUAAGAGUUCACCUCAACUCUGCAGCUUCUUCUGAAACCCAAUACUUUUUUGUGCAGAGGAUACUCUCUUCUUAUGAGAAAGCCCUGUUGAUUCUCAAAUGGAGGUUGGUAGGGCAAUCCCACCCAGUGCCACCUCUGCCAGGUGCCCCUGAAUCUUCCAUGUCUCUCGAUGGGAGCCUCGACAUUAACAACAACAACAACAACAGUUUUAAGGAGGAGCAGCAGGACUACAAUGUAUCAAAAAAGAGAAAGGCCAUGCCAACAUGGACAGAACAAGUAAGAGUUGGCGCUGAAAAUGGCCUUGAAGGCCCCACAGAAGAUGGAUAUAGUUGGCGAAAAUACGGGCAGAAAGACAUUCUUGGAGCUAAAUAUCCCAGGAGCUACUACAGAUGCACGUUUCGCCUAAUGCACAACUGUUGGGCAACUAAGCAAGUGCAGAGAUCUGAUGAUGAUCCAACGGUAUUUGACAUCACAUACAAGGGGGCACAUACCUGCAACCUAGCUCCCACCACCUCAGUUCCCCCGCUGAGAUCGCCUGAAAAUCAACAACUCGAACAAAUCCAUCACCAAAACGAGAGUCUCCAGGCAAUGCAAUCAAACCAGAUGCUAAUGAACCUGAGAGCAAACCUGAGAGUGAGCACAGAUGGAUUGGACACAAAGGAAACUGCAUUCCCCUUCUCCUUCCCUCCAACCUUCUCCGGACUUACAGACGAGAAUCAACACUUCCAGAGCUCACAGGUUGAUGACAAUGCAGUGGCAUUGGGCACAUACUCACUCUCCUUUGUUUCCCCCACCACUCCCGACUCGAACUACUUCUCUGCUUCACAGCAACACACAAAUGCCUUCAAGGGAGUUCAUAUUUCCUCAGCCAACACAUCAUCAACAAACUCUCCAAUUGUGGGCUUGGACUACUCACUUCACCCUGCAACUUUAGACCCAAAUUUCCCAUUUGAUACCUUGGAGUUUCUCACAUGAAGAUCUCAGUUAGACAUAGCAGUAAUGAAAACCAAUAAAGACCACAUUUGGUGAUUUUUGCCACCAGAGAUUGAAGUUUAGUUAGAACAGUCAAAAGGCCUGUUGUAUACUGAUAUAAAUAUCAAUUUUGUGCAAACUAAAUUAGAACUA